UAUAGAUUUUCUGCAAAGAUGUGGAAGGAAGGAAAGAAAAUAUACGUUCAGAGCAAGAUCAAAGAAGCUGCUGACUCCAGCUCCUAUGUGGCUCUGAGAUCAGCCUCUCCUAAACCUUCAGCGAAAGCCACUGGCCUUAGAAGUGACCUGAUAUUUGAGGAAAUUGGUCACAGCAUCAAGCAAGUUGGAAGUCAGUUGGCGACAAAAGUGAAUGCAGUAUUUCAGUGGGACAUCACUAGCAAUGGAAAGGUAGUGGUGCAGUGGACUCUUGACUUAAAGACUGGCUCUGGAGAGAUCUACAGAGGUGCUUCAUGCAGUCCUGCAGACACAAUCUUCAUCCUGUCCGACCAUGACUUCAUGGACCUAGUCCUGGGGAAGAUCAAGCCUCAAAGGGCAUUAUUUGUUGGCAGGCUGAAGGUGAAAGGAAAUAUCAUGUUAGGCCAGAAGCUGGUGAUGAUUCUCAAAGACCAUGUUAAACUCUGAUAUAGAGUGGGACUGACAAUGGGAAGAACCACAAAGGCUUCUGUCAUACGGCAAAGUUCUUCAUAA